CAUGGAUCUAAAAUUCAUAACUUUUGGUAUAUAGGGCACCACAGGUGCUCGAUAUGCUAAUCGUGGCAUCCCUCUCCUUCACACACCGCAGUCCUACCUAGCUAUCUGACGCAACAUGAGCGGUACUAUCUGGGCAUCCCCUCCUGAGCCUCCCACCAAGCUUGGCCGUCAUCGGCCUCUGGCACCUCUGGCAGGCGUGCAUGUCUCUCCCAUUCAACUCGGUGCCAUGAGUAUUGGCGACCAGUGGCAGCAGUACGGUAUGGGCACGAUGGACAAGGAGAGUAGCUUCAAGCUACUUGAUGCGUUCUACGACGCUGGCGGAAAUUUAAUUGACACAGCCAACGCCUACCAGGAUGAAUCGUCCGAGCUCUUCAUCGGCGAGUGGAUGGAAAAGCGCGGCAACCGUGAACAGAUCGUUCUCGCCACUAAGUACACCACCAACUACAAGCGUGGAGCCUCGUUUGCCGAGUUUCCCCAAAAGACGCACUACGUCGGCAACAAUAUCAAAUCGCUGCACAACUCCGUAAACGCAUCGCUCAAGAAGCUACGCACGGAUUACAUCGACAUCCUAUAUCUGCACUGGUGGGACUACGUCACCGGUAUUGAGGAGGUUAUGAACGGUCUGCACAAUCUCGUCGUGCAGGGCAAGGUGCUCUACCUCGGUGUCUCUGACACGCCUGCCUGGAUCGUCUCAAAGGCCAAUACGUAUGCGCGCCUGACAGGCAAGACGCCCUUUGUCAUCUAUCAAGGAGCAUGGAACAUCAUGCAGCGUGAUUUUGAGCGCGAUAUCUUGCCCAUGGCCCUUCAUGAAGGCAUGGCCCUGGCGCCUUGGAACGUCCUUGCCGCGGGCAAGAUACGCACAGACGCAGAGGAGCAGCGUCGCCUCGAGUCGGGUGAGGGUGGCCGCACCUUGUUCAGCGACUGGAAGCGGACCGACGAUGAGCGAAAGGUCUGCUUGGCUCUUGAAAAGGUUGCCGCAGACAUUGGUGCAAAGAACAUUACUUCUGUUGCCAUCGCAUACCUUAUGCAGAAGGCUCCCUAUGUCUUUCCGAUUAUCGGCGGACGCAAGGUCGAGCAUCUGUACCAGAAUAUGGAGGCCCUCGACAUCUCUCUUACUCCUGAGCAAAUCAAAGUCCUUGAUGACAUUGUGCCAUUCGACAAAGGCUUCCCCUUCACUGCCUUCGGCGAUGGAUCCGAUUACGACCGUAUAUAUAAGUCUGCAGGUCAUUUCGAUAAGUGGCCUGUUCUCCAGCCAAUUCGCCCUGCACCCAAACAGUAGGGUUGAUAUGUAGUGGCACAUGUAUUCCUCGAUACAAAUGAAAAAAUUUACGCCGAGC